CUCUUAGUAUAGAAUAAUAAUGAGUAGUUUUGGUAAAAUCUUCCGUGUUACAACUUUUGGUGAAUCACAUUGUAAAGGUGUUGGUGCAAUUAUUGAUGGUGUUCCUCCUGGUAUGGCUUUGACUGAAACUGAUAUUCAACCUCAACUUACUAGAAGACGACCUGGUCAAAGCAAACUUACUACUCCUCGUGAUGAAAAGGAUCGUGUUACUAUCAUGUCAGGAACAGAAUUCGGUGUGACUUUAGGUACUCCUAUUGGCAUUACUGUACCCAACUUGGAUCAACGACCUCAUGAUUAUAGUGAAACCGAUGUUUACCCUCGUCCUUCUCAUGCUGAUUAUACUUAUCUUCAAAAAUACGGUCUUAAGGCUUCUUCUGGUGGUGGUCGUGCAUCUGCUCGUGAAACCAUUGGUCGUGUUGCUGCUGGUGCUAUUGCUGAAAAGUAUUUGAAGGAAGCAUUUGGUGUGGAAAUCGUUGCUUUUACUUCAAGUGUUGGAAAAGUGUCUAUGCCAUUUAUUCAUGAUAUUCAAGAAAAUGAUGUGGUCAAACCUGAAUUCUAUGAUUUUUUGAAUUCUAUUGAUCGUGAUACUGUUGAUGCUGAUAUUACUCGUUGUCCUCAUCAAGAAACUGCUGAAGCUAUCAAACAAGUGAUUACUCAAAAAUCAGAAGAAAAGGAUUCUAUCGGUGGUACAGUGACUUGUGUGAUUCGUCGUUGUCCAGUCGGAUUAGGUGAACCCUGUUUUGACAAGUUAGAAGCUAUUCUUGCCCAUGCCAUGUUGUCUAUUCCGGCCACAAAAGGAUUUGAAUUUGGUUCAGGAUUCAACGGUACUACCAUGCCAGGUCAUCAACACAACGAUCCUUUUGUUCGUAAAGAAGAUGGUACAUUUGGUACAAAGACAAAUCAUUCCGGUGGUGUUCAAGGUGGUAUUUCCAAUGGUGAAAAUAUUUACUUCCGAGUAGCAUUCAAACCUGCUGCUACUAUUUCCCGUGAUCAAGAAACUACUUCCUAUGAUGGUGUUUGGGGUACUUUGGCUGCUCGUGGUCGUCAUGAUCCUUGUGUUGUUCCAAGAGCUGUUCCUAUUGUAGAAUCUAUGGCUGCAUUGGUGAUUAUGGAUAUGGCCAUGCAACAAGAAGCUCGUCGUAGUGCUAUUACUCGAUUACCUUCUAUUGAUAUCCAUCAUUCUCUUCUUGGUUUACCCCCUAAAGACCUUGCUAAAUAGUUUAUUCUUUUCUUUCAUAUACUUUUUUUAUACAAUCAUCAUUUGUUUCAAUUCACUUUAUAGAUCCAUAUAUAAUUUUUUUUUUUUGAUCAUCCCUCUUUUAUUGUAUUCUUUUUUUUUUUCCACAAAUAAAC